UCUACACGCCAAGCCCCGCCGUUUCAACGCCAUGCAAGGUAUUGUUUGGGAACAGUUGGAUGCUGCUACAAUGUCGCGCUUCAGUGUAGAACUUCUCAGAGAAGAACUGGAGGCACGGAAGUUGGACAGUGCCGGUCCGAAGGAUGAACUCGUGCAACGUUUGAUGACAAAUAUUAAUGCGCAACGUGAAGCGUCUCCGCCUCUCGAACAGACGUCUUCAACCAGCACAGGUGCCCCCGCAGUACAAUUGGACCCCGCCACGCUACAAAACUUGUCAGCUUUGCUUCAGCAUAUGCCACGCCCGACGACAACUCUAACUACGCUGCCGGAUCUGUCAUCAUCCAUACCACAGUUCGAAGACUCACGGAAGCAAAAUGUUAAAAUGUGGUUGGAGGAUGUUCGCCGUGUCCAGCAACUUGCGUGUUGGGAGGACGCUACGACCCGCCUGAUUGCCGCAAGCAAGCUCAAAGGCGCUGCUCGUAAUUGGCACCUCGCGUUUGGAAGCCAGUUUGACACUUGGACAACAUGGAGCGCAGCUCUUCAAGAAACGUUUUCUCCGGACUUGACCCUGAUCGAGUGGCAAAACCAAGUCAUGAAAGUGACUCAGGAACAUGGUCAGUCUCUCUAUCAGUACGCUUUUGCGAAGCUACGGGUCAUUGAAUGCUGUCCCGUCACUCUCAGUGACGCGCAAAAAAUUGACUACUUGCUUCAAGGUAUACGUGAGCAACACAUCUCCGCAGCCCUAGCAGCCAACAGGCCACAAACGGUCAAAGGCUUUAUCACGACCUGUUGCAGUCUCGACAAAUGUGCUUAUCAGCAAAACAACGCAAGUCCCUCAUCGUCGACAUCUGCACAACAGAAGCCUGCCACACAGUCGCCUCGGACAACUAAGCCAUCGGAACCAUCAAUACAAGCGCCAGUCCAGCUCCAGCACGCGGCCUCUGGUGUGAUAGUCACCGCAGCCCAGAAGCUAGCUCCACAAAUGGCUAAUGCCGUCAUUCUGACGCACUCAAAUUUCGCUGCACAAGUGCAAGUUGCGUCACCAGACUGCCUACAAAAAGACCCCUUGCCUUCACCAGACCAGCCACUGUGGCGGACUCUGGCUCAGGAAGCUCCGCCAUUGCCUUCACAUAAUGCCAACGCUACGCCCUCAGCUGGCACUCUGCUCCUUCCACUUCAUCCAGAUCUUCCAGCAGCACACAUAGGAGAUCAGUUAUCGACCAGCCAGCAGUCAACCAUAACGGAUAUUUUGGCUCAACAUAUGGAGGUAUUCGCACGCCAUGAAGACGACCUUGGUCACUUCGCGGGUACGCAGCAUCGCAUCGACCUCUUGCCCAAUGCCUUGCCAUAUAGCCGCAGCCCGUACAGAUAUACGACGGAAGACAGACAGUUCAUUGAAAACCAGAUAAAGAAGCUCUUGAACCAAGGCAUCAUACUUCCCGCCUCGGGACCAUGGGCCUUUCCCGUCGUUGUAGUGUCACGUGGAGACAAAAAACGGCUUUGCGUGAAUUACGCGCCGUUAAACGAGCGUACAAUCUCUGUCGUGCACCCCUUGCCCAUCAUAGAAGACAUUAUCCAAGACGUUGCAAAUUGCGCAUAUUUCGCAACAAUGGACUUGAAAUGUGCAUAUUGGCAAGUCAGCCUUCGCCCCCAGGACUACGAAAAGACAGCAUUUAUUACUCAUCAUGGCACAUACAUGUGGACACGAAUGCCAUUCGGUUUGAAGAAUGCGCCGUCCACUUUCUAG